CAAUUUAUGCUUCCUAGUUUUGGCCGAACAUGAAAUAUGUAAGGGCAUAUCCGGCCUUUCAUCAACCGCACGGAUAAAUAAACAUAGCAUAUGUAAAUGACAAAGGCCUACACGUAAAAAGUAGCCUCAAUUGUUUUACGAAAUUUAAAAGAAAAAAAAGGAUUAAAAAGGAAAACAGAAGGAUGGCAGAGCCCAUCUUCGCUCUCUGCUCCUGCGUGCAAUAAUUUCGUGUCCAACAAGAGUAGUCAGUCAUUCAUCAGUUUCUCCCAUUUCCCCAUGCUCCUCCUCCUCUUCCCCUCUCUCCAAUAAUGCUUCUCUCCACCCCUAACACCGCCGGGAUUUCCAUUUCCUCCGCUGAGGAGCCGCCUCGCUUCAGCGAAGACAUUGACAGCACUUGCUCUACCCCUUUUGUCAGUGCCCCCUCAAGCCCAGGCCAUGCUCCCUCCGGUUACUUCUUCAGUGCUCCAGCAAGCCCAAUGCAUUUCAUUCUUUCCAGUGAGAAAACUAAAGCGUCGUCAACCGAUCAUGAACCCGUGUUUCUAUCCUCGGGUUCGGGUUCGUUUGAGUUCGAGUUUUCUUCCCGGUUUUCACCUAAUGGGUCGGGUGGAAUCGCGUCAAUGACUUCAGCUGAUGAGCUGUUCUUCAACGGUCAGAUCCGACCCAUGAAGCUGUCGUCUCACUUGCAGAGGCCCCAGGAAGUUGUUGCCUCGUUUGGAGAUCUGUAUGCGGAGGAGACCACGAGUGCCAGAGGCAGAGAUCUGAGGAUGCGCGGUACUAAGUACUCGCACAGAAAAGCCAGAUCCAUGUCGCCGUUGCGUGCCGCCGUGCAGUACGAAUGGCAAGGUUUAGGAGCCAUCGCUGCGGACCAAGAGAAUGAAGCGAAAGAAAACGAAUCAAGCGAAACGACGCCGUCAUGCUCGGCGUCGUCAUCACGGUCGUCGUCAUCAGGAAGAAACUCGAAGAAAUGGAUAUUUCUAAAGGAUCUCCUCAACAGAAGCAAAAGCGAGGGAAGAGCCAACAACAAGGAGAGGUUCUGGUCGGCGAUCUCAUUCUCUUCGCCCAAGGAGAAGAAAACGUCGCCCUCGUCGCCGGUCCUAUCUCCCUCAUCCUCCCGUGACGAGAAGAAAGGAAAAACCGAGACGAAGAAAGGAAGGAAAACUCCGGCGGCCGGAAAACCAGCGAACGGCGUGUGGAAACGGCGGGUUCCUGCACCAUCGGCUCACGAGCUGCAUUACACAGCAAACAGAGCUCAAGCGGAGGAGAUGAAGAAGAAAACAUUUCUGCCAUACAGGCAGGGGCUACUGGGGUGCCUGGGGUUCAGUUCCAAGAGCUAUGGCGCUUUCAGUGGAUUCACUAGAAAUCUGAACCCCAUUUCCUCAACGUGAAGUGAAAUCAAUUUGACUACUGUAUUCAAGUACUCUUUGAAUUGAAAUAUCCGUGUAUAGUUUGUUUGCGAGUUAUUUUUUCUCUUUCUUGGUAUUGUUUUAUGAAAAAGAGCUUCUGUAUAUGCGAGAAGCUAUUUUUCGAAUAUGGAUCAUUUUUUUUUUAAAUUUAUUUAUUUGGUGAUUUUGUAUUUUCCAUGGAUGUGAUCUGAAUCGGUUCUGUUGCUUGAAGCAA